AUGUUUGUUUCUACCAAUUCCUCUUCUACGGCUUCCUAUUUGGCCACACCUCCUGCUACGCCCACGCUAUCUCUCGACGAAUACUACCAGAUCCUCAACAUCCAGGAAGUCAGAUCUGAACUCAUGCCCAACAUGUCCAAAGUCAAGGUAGAUAAGCCAUUCACCUGGAACGAGGUCCAUUUCAUAGUUACCACCAACCAGCUCGAGUUAUUUGCACGUUCGCAGGCUGCCACAGACAGAUACUUGAAGUUCAAGCACGACUUGAAGGAGCUGAAGGUGAAUAUUUUGGACCAUAUUCUCGCCAAUGAAGUGCGGUGGGACGUAGAAGACUUGAGGGAAGAAGGCGCCAUCUUUGCAGACAAAUCCGACCUCAGAAUCAUCCACAACCGUUUCCCUUACUACUUUGAGGACGACGUCAGCCACUUGUGUGUCUGGUCCAAGGUGAGGAUCCCUACCGAUCCCAACAGUGCAGACGGAGACAUCACCACAGAAACAAGAAACAAGAUCAACCAGUACAUCGAAGAAACCUUCAUCCGUCCCUUGGGUCUCACUUGGGAACAGGUUGAAUGGUUCAAGAACUGGACGUCGCUCCAGAGCGUCAAAUCCAUCAGCCACAUCCAUGUGUUGAUCAAGGGAGGCGACAAGAACAAGAUCGAGCAAAUGGUUGAGUCUGUGUAG